UGACAAGUCGACCACCAACUCAUCUAUUUGUUGGGCAUUCUGCUGCUCAGGCUCUUGCGAUUCAAGCCUCACUCGUACAACCUUCAACAUGUCCCAGGUCAAGACCGUUCUCUCGAACUUGCGCGACAAAAUAUCUACUCAUAAGCAUGAACUUACUCAAUCACUCUCACGAAACGGCGAGAAGAAUUAUCGGGGCGGUUCAGAGAAGGAUGUUGCCCGGAUAAUUGGGGAAGAACAGGACUGGUCCAGCAGCGAGGAGGACGCGACGGACUUCCCUCACCAUGGCCAAACGGCGAAAAGUCUGGAUGAAUUCCUGGACAACGAUGACCCUCCAGAAGUCAAGCAACGCUACGGCAAAUUACCCUUGAUGCAAUCACAAGAUGAAGGCCCUGCCAACGACAUAUGGCACACUCAGUGGACUCCCUUAACAGCCGUGGAUACCAGCUACAUUGGCAAGGAGAUCGCUUUUCGCGCCCGAGUCCACGUAGUUCGGCAUAUGAGUGCAAAGCUCGCCUUUGUCAUCUUUCGAGAACAGACAACUACGAUACAAGGUGUCCUUCGGGCAGUUGAAGGUGGCAUCUCCGAGAACAUGGUGCGAUGGGCAGAGCAUAUUCGAACAGGUUCGAUUGUGACGGUCAAAGCCACAGUCAAGGAGCCUGAACAGACGGUCAAGAGCACAAGCACUCACCAUGCUGAACUUGAUAUUCACGCAAUGCACGUUGUCUCUGCUCGAGAAACCCCGGUCCCUUUCAGCGUCUAUGAAGCGGAUGCUGCAACUGAUGGCCAUUCGAUAGCGGACCGAAUCAGGUUGUCGAACCGAGUAUUAGAUCUGCGCACCCCCUCCGCGCAAGCAAUCUUCAGAGUCCAGUCGAGCGUAUGCAGAACCUUCCGAAACUACCUUGAAGAUCACGGGUUUUUGGAAAUACACACCCCAAAAUUGCAAGGCGGUGCAACUGAAGGUGGAGCGGACGUGUUCAAGCUCAAUUACUUUGGCCGACCGGCUUUCCUUGCUCAAAGCCCACAACUUGCCAAACAGAUGUGCAUUUCGGCCGAUUUUGGAAAAGUGUUCGAGGUUGGUCCUGUCUUCCGCGCAGAGAACUCAAACACUCCGAGACAUAUGACGGAAUACACUGGCUUGGACUUGGAGAUGGCUAUUGACCGUCAUUAUCACGAAGCAAUGUGGCUGAUCGAUGCAACCUUGAAAGAAAUUUUCAAGACUCUGUAUGAUCGCAAUAGAAACGACAUCGAUCGGCUAAAGCAGCACUUCCCACACGACGAUCUGAUCUGGCUCGACGAGACACCACGACUUACCUUCGCAGAAGGCGUCAAACUGCUCAACGAGUCAGGAUGGACUAAUGACGACGGAAGUCAGCAGUCUGAGUAUGACGAUCUGCCGACCCGAGGUGAGCGGAGGCUAGGAGAACUGGUCAAGGAGAAGUACCACACUGACUACUAUAUUCUCGACAAAUUUCCAACAGCUGCCCGACCCUUCUACACCAUGCUUGAUCCCAACAAUGACAAGGUCACAAACUCUUUCGACUUUAUGGUCCGAGGACAAGAAAUACUGUCAGGCGGGCAGCGGGUUCACGAUUACAAGCUUCUGAAAGAACGGAUGGAGGCUCAGGGCAUGGAUCCAAACGACCUCAAGGAGUAUAUGCAGGCCUUCGAGUGGGUCGCACCACCUCACGCAGGUUGCGGCAUCGGUCUUGAGCGUUUGGUGUCUCUGAUCUUGGGCCUUGGAAACUUACGAUAUGCAACGCUAUUUCCUCGAGAUCCAAAGAGCUUCCCAGCAAAACCAGAACCCAACUUACGACAUCCCGAUGAUAAUACGUUACACAGACCAAAAGGUCGCCUUCCACCGCUCGAGAAUCUGGUUGCAAACUACGGCGAUGCUACAAACACAUCCUGGAUGGAUGAGAGGUUCCAGAUUUGGCGGGAUGAGAAGACAGGUGCCGCCAUCGCAUAUGUUCCAACCCACGAUCGAGCCAUUUGUCCUGGAAACCCCCUUUGCGAUGCGCGUCAGCUGGAAGACGUCAUCAGUGCGUUUCUUACUUGGCUUCGCCGCGAGACCCGUCUCCGACCUCUCUUUGUUCUCGUCAGCAAAGAGGUUGAAGAUGUUCUUGGCGACAGCCUGGGAUGGAGAAGCUUCACGAACGUGGCAGAACAGCGGGUCAACCUGGCCAAUAACGAGCACUUGAACGUCGACGCUGAUGUGGAUCGAAAGAUUAGACAUGCCACAAAGGAAGGGGUCAAGGUGACCGACUAUGGCAGUGAAGUGCCUGAUGAGUUGCGCCACAAGGUGGAAGAACGCAUCAAAGAAUGGCAAAGCAGCCGGCAGGGCCCACAAGUCCAUUUAAGUGAGAUUACUCCUUUCACAGAUGCGUCGCAUCGUCAAUAUUUCGUCGCCCAGGACGGCGAUGGCAAGGUCCAUUCCCUGGUGGUGCUUGCACAAUUGGCACCCAGGUACGGAGUACAAGUCAAAUGGGCUCUGGAUUUUCCUGGUGCGGCCAAUGGAAGUAUCGAAUCGACGGUUCUGACCGCGCUGAAGGCCGCGGCAGAUGCCGGCUACAAGUCGUGUACUUUCGGAGCUGGCGCGACCGCGAAACUGAGCAGUGGUCAUAAUGUAGGAGGGGCGAAGGAGGCCACCUUGAACUCACUGUAUCAGACGCUGGCGGCUCGGUUCAAUCUGGACAGAAAGACCGGCUUUCGGGCGAAGUUCAACACUCUGGACGACGCGCUGUACCUUUGCUACCCUCCCCGGGGCCUAGGACCAAAGGGAGCACAAGCAAUUGUCGACUUCUUCCAAGGUGGUGACUAGACGAGGUUGCGGGAGCCGUGCCUGCACCGGC